CCUCUCCACCACCACCAUCUCCACUGCCCCUCCGUAACUCGCUCUCUCACUCACCCUUUCAACUCACUACCAGCUCGCUCAUUCAUUCCGUCGCUCGCUUUGCUCCAUCAAAUGGACGAGCCCACAGGAACCGUCCUCUUCACCACCGUCGGCCGCCCCUACUACGGCUUCGACGUCUUCUCCCUCGACCUCGCCUCCCGCCGCGAGCGCCGCCUCACUGACGGCCUCUCCAUCAACUUCAACGCCCAAUUCGCCUCCGCCGGUGACGAUGAGGACGACGACGACCAGAAGGUCGUCUUCGUCUCCGAGCGGACCGGCUGCCCCCGGGUCUACCUCGCCCGGUCCGGGUUCUCCCAGCCCGAGCCGCUCCCUUCCGCGCCGGGUAGCCUCUUCCACGACCGGCCCAUCCUCAGGAACGGGCUGCUCUACUUCAUCUCGGCGCAUGAGGCGCCGGACAAGUCGUUCGCGGGCUGGUCCGCCCUCUACUCUGCCGACCUGGAGGGUAGAGAAAUUGCCAGGUUGACCCCGUACGGCUCCGUCGACUACAGUCCGGCCGUCUCGCAGACAGGGAAGUUCGUCGCCGUCGCGUCCUACGGGUCGCGCCCUUGGGGCGGCGAGUUCCACGCCCUGAAUACGGACAUCGUCGUGUUCCGGGAAUCCGACCCGACGGAGCGGGUCGUCGUGGCGGAGGGCGGCGGCUGGCCCACCUGGUCCGGCGACUCCGUCGUCUACUUUCAUCGGAAGGCGGACGACGGGUGGUGGAGCAUUUUCCGGGUCGAAUUCGAAUUCCCCCAAGACACGGACUUCUCCAGGUUCCCGCUGGCUCCGACUCGGGUCACUCCUCCAGGGGUCCACUGCUUCACUCCGGCUGCCAUGCCCGGCUCCAACAAAAUCGCCGUCGCGACACGGCGGCGAGGCAAGAGUUACCGGCACAUCGAGAUUUUCGACGCUGGGUCGGAGUCCUUCGUGCCCAUCACCGAACCACUGAACCCGAACUUCCACCACUACAACCCUUUCGUGUCUCCUGGGUCACGGUACGUUGGCUACCACCGAUUCCGAGGCGAGUCGACCGGGGGUGAGUCAAGGGUCCCGAAUAUCGAACCGGUCGCAUCGCCAAUCAAGGGGAUCCAGAUGCUGAGGCUGAAUGGGUCGUUCCCUUCUUCUUCCCCUGACGGCCAGUUCGUAGCCUUCAACCACGACUUCGAGGCCGCUGUCAAUGGCGGAGUGAAGAUCGUCCGGUCGGACGGCUCAAGUCGGUGGACGCUAAUCAAGGACCGGACCGCGUUCUACAACUCGUGGAGCCCCACUGAGAAGAAUGUCAUCUACACCUCGAUCGGACCGAUCUUCCAUUCGCCCAAAACGACCGUCCAAAUCGCUCGGAUCAAGUUCGAUUUGUCCGGUCCGGAGCGCGACGUCGCGUGUGACGUGAAGGUGCUCACGAGGGAGGACACUGGGAACAACGCCUUCCCCGCGUGCUCUCCAGACGGGAAGUGGCUUGUGUUCCGGUCCGGACGGACUGGCCACAAGAACUUGUUCAUCGUUGACGCUGCGAACGGCGAGUUUGACGGCGGGAUCCGUCAACUGACAGACGGGCCCUGGAUCGACACAAUGCCAUCAUGGUCGCCCAACAAUGACCUCAUAGCAUUCUCUUCGAACCGGCACAACCCGGGCGAUGCAAGCACAUUUAGCAUUUACCUCAUUAGACCAGACGGAUCGGGUCUAAGGAGGGUACUCCUGGCAGGACCCGAGGGGUCUCCCGAGGUUGAUCGAGAGAGGAUCAACCAUGUGUGCUUCAGCAGGGAUGGGGAGUGGCUGUUGUUUACGGCGAACUUGGGCGGCGUGACAGCGGAGCCCGUGUCAUGGCCCAACCAGUUCCAGCCGUACGGGGAGCUAUAUGUGGCGAGAUUAGACGGGAGUGGGCUCAAGAGGUUGACAUGGAACGGCUUCGAGAACGGGACACCCGCGUGGCACUCGACGCAUGCCGUGGGCCUCGGUGAUCCGUGGUCAGCGACCGGUGAGGGUUGGGAUGAAGAUAAGUUGAGAGGGCAAUUCGAGGAGCCCCUAUGGAUAUCUUGCAAUAUUUAAAGAGAGGAUACUAAUAUGGGCUGAUGCCAUAUUGUGCGGAGAAAAAUAAAGAAAAGAAAGAGAAAAUGAAAAUAAAUGGCAUAAAUUUUAUUUUAUGUACUUGGCUGGGAUUGCGAAGGAAUAAAGACAUCAAUUCAUGAAAUUUGUGAGAGCUUUGAUGUGUGGCUAAUGG